AUGAUGGUGACAAAAAAUCCCGAGCCCUCCAGACCUCCAGGGCAAUAUAUUCCGGCGGAAGGAACGCAACAUUGUUUGGUCGCUAAUGAAUACGAUAAAAACACUUACGCGCAGUGUAGCUAUAUUGGAAACCGCACACUAAUCCGAUGUAAACAGGUUUUUUGACAAAGUGGACCCGGGAAUACUAAAAAUUGUACUUCAGAUCCGCUCAAAAGAAGACAUGGCGAAAAAUAACGGCAUUUGCGAAGAGGUUUCAGAGAUAUCUGUAAUACUAUAUUCAAAUAAUUGGGUUGAAUUCAGCACGAGAUAUUCCGCCAAAGAAUCAAAAGAAAUUAUCAGAAGGAGAUGCUGCGGCUCCACGCAGAAUGCGACUCCCAGCAGACGAAAAAACGCCGUUAUAACCCCACACUUGUUGCCGAUGAAUGGGUCAGGUAGGAAAAAUAGAAUAUUCAAAGAAAAUUUCGAUUUUAUAACUUCAGUGACGAAGAUGAAUGGCUGCAGCCGGCGUCGACGCUUUCCGUUGAAUUUCCUGAACAGAUUUAUGAAAAUGCGGUUGACGACGAUAUGUUUCGGUAUCUUUUUCUCGUUUCACUCUGUAACAAUUUAAUGGGCUUCUGCAGACGGAAAGUCGUUCUCCUUGUUAUUUUGAGUAAUUAAAGACCUCUGUGACUUUAAAAAAUCCUGUCAUUUCGAAAAAAAUUAUUAAUUUUCUAGAACCUAAUUUUCAGCCACGCCGGCGUUUACACCGACAAAGACAUCUUGAAAAUGCGCCUCAACUUUCUAAAAAGAGAUAUUCAGGAAAUUUCUAACUUCAGGUUCCUUUUCCCUCUAGAAGUUUAUCAAAAGUAAGUUUCAGAAUGGUGUUGAAGGCGCGCGCCCUGAGGCGGUACGAGGCUAUUAUGACUUCUCAGUCAAAAUGUAUCUUUCCGUUGAAUUUUACCAGAAAUCGACUUUUUUCAGCGACGAGUUUGGAGUUCACCCAGCAAAGGAUGUACGAAGCAAUGACCGGCUACGGAAAGAGUGAUUGUCUUUUUGCCGGCUCCAGUGUGAGUAAAUCCCCGGAAUAUUUACUAGGCUUUGAACAAUUUUCUUUCAGAAAAAGUCAUUCAGAACUAGAAAAUAUUUUCCAGUUUUUCAAUUUUUGAAUUCUGUGUUUUUUUAUUAAAUUUUUGAGCCUGCGUUGGUUUUUUUGAUAAUUUUUUUCCCACUAGAUUUUUUUGAUAUGAUGAGAAUGAAGAAAAAAACCCAAAAAAAAUAGUAAACUGGAAGAAUUUCUGCGGAAAGAGGAUGGAAGGUAUCUCAAUGCGCAUAAUCAGAAAAAAAGUUAGUUCAAAAAAAUUAUUUUUUUAUAGGUUUUUUUCAAUGACUUUGAUGAAAGGCUCUGUAUACAUGAGAACUAUCAUUUAUAGUCUGAAAUAAAACAAAAACGAGUUUGCGCUUCUUCAAUUUAGUCAGCGUAACUUCGGAAGCCCCAUUAAAAAAAUUGUUCUCCACUUUCAAUCAGACUUCACCAAUACUUGGUUUGCAUCAUGGGGUCUUUGAUUUAUUGGUUGCGCUCCCCUUAAUUACUGGAAAACUAUAGAAACCUUCUUAUCUACUCAAAAUGAGCCUUGGAGAAGUUUCAGCAACCUCGGAACCGGGAGUUCUGUCGAUAUGGACACGUAGACGAAGCGGACAACGACUCGGUCGUCAACCACGUGAUGGAGAAGCUGAUAUGCGUGUUGGAGAAGACGCCGAUUCCUCGGCCCUGUCACCAAUUCUCCUUGCCGGCCUCCAAGUUCUGCAUCCAUCGUUAGAAAUCUUCUUCAGAAGUAGUUCAAAAUCAUAAUUUUGCAGAUAUCCACAGGGAUAAGAAUCAAAGUUUGUUCACGGGCUGCUGCGUUUGCGCGUUCCCAGCCAUGAACACCGAGCAGCCGUUCUGCAUGCAACAUCAGAGUUUGUAGCAUUUUUCAAUUACCGGCUUCCUUGUAUUUGUGAAAAAGAGAAAAUAAGUGGAUCUCUUAAGGAAUAAAAAAAAUUCUCGGUUUUCAGGUGUUUUUCUUUGUUUUUUAACUAUUUUUUUCGUAUGAAUGAGACUCUCAUUGAUACCCGCAGAAUAUAUUUAAACAGUUUUUCAAUUAUAUUCUGGUAAUCUUCAUUUUCAAUUGCCAUUUUAUUGAAAAGUGUUUUUUUUUUCUGUUUUCGUCUCACUGAAAUUUUUUCCGAAUGAAAUGUUUUCAGCCAAAUAAUCUUAUGUUUCCAGUUGAAUACGUACGGACGCGAGCUCUGGAUCCUUUCCAUAACACUAGAGAACACUAUGGCGGCGUGAAGUUUGAAGUUGAGCAGGAGAAAAAGAAGGCUUCGGUCACCGUUGCUAGUCAUGCGAAGGUGAGUGGGAGUAGAUGAUAAAGUUUAAAAAUUAUCUCGGUUCAAAGUUUUUCACAAAAUAUGGAGGACGAUUAAUUUCUAGACUUCAAGCGGCCUUUGUAACUUGGUUUUUUUUAAAACUGAAACAUGAAGAGAGGAACAAAGUUUGAAAUUAAAAAAAAUCAAUAAGAACUUUUGAUUGAAUAAAAAGCGCAUAUAUUCCUUUUUACUAUGCAUUCAUAAUUUUUUUGGUUUUUUUCGGAAAAAUUCAUGAAAAUCUCUUCUUGUUAACGUUAAGUUGAGAAAAAAACUUAGUAUAAGGAAGUUUGAAGAUGAAAAAGACGAGUUGAAUUUAUUUACUUGAAGAAAAUCGUGAUCGACGAACCGGACGAAGAAACGCUCUCUCAGGAAAGAAUCACGGCUCUUCUACGCCAUGCAGAGGUUUUUUCUAACGGAAUUCUUGUUUCACCUUUUUUUUUACGAAUAAUACGAGGUUUUUGAAAAAUCCAUCAAAGAUCUAUAGAGAUCAAAUAACUUAUUUGAAGUCUCAAAUCGCUGCAUCGGGAGCUGCGGCACAACGACGUCGGCCUCCUCCAGGCCCCUACGUCCAGCGGCCGGCCACGUACAAUCCGUCGGCGGUCAGCUACGUCCACGGCAAGCCUCAGCUGCAGCCCCGAACCCCGGCCCCCGCCCGCAGUCUGGCGCCGCCCAUGCCCCGACCCGCGAUGCCUCCGCCCGUGGCUCGGCCCCUCGACGAAGUCGCCGCCAAAAGAAUCGCCGCACAAAUGGCUGAGACCAUGAAGUGCGCUAGGUGUGCACUAACAUAUUUGUUUCGAACUAAAAAAAAAAGGAGAGGUCCAAAAUAGGAAAAAGGGGAUAUCCGGCAGUCAGUGUAAAGGGAUUUCUUGAUAUCUAAGUUUCGUGUAUUUUUCGUAUUUAUUUCAAAUGGAAAAAUUUCAAAUUCGAAAUAGCCGAAGUUGAUUUGAACCCGGCAUAAGGCCUUCACAGAGUUUGGUUAAAGUUUUAUAAGACCUGUGUCCCAUGUUUAAAAACGCCGUCUCAUAAAAAAAAGUUAUAACAGUUGAACCUUAUUGAAAUAAGAUGAUAAUCUGUCCUUGAAAGCUUUAAAGUUAUAACGAACCGUUGCUUUUUAACUGUAUUUCUAAUGUUGCUUCAAUUGGUAAUUUUCAUAAAACGAGGAAUCCUUCCAUUCGAAAGUAAACCACUUACACGAUAUAAUCAACUUUAUAACAAAUAAACGAUAACUGAAAGAAGAACAUAGAACAUCUUGUAUCAAAUUUUGGCCUGACUCUCAAUUCUUUUUCAAGAAAAAAGUUUCACCUAGAAAAGUUUUUCGAACAAGAUGCUAAAAAUUAACUAAAAGUUUUGGCUCUUCACUUUCAUCAAAAAAAUAUAUAACUUCAUAAGAGCUUUUUUUAACUUUCAUAACGCCUUUCAAAUAACUUUUUCUGGAUUUCGACGAAUAGAAUUGAACAAAAAUGAUGUUCAGAGAGCGGCCAUUCCAUCCAGACUUCUUCGGAGAUCGUCGUCGAAUGCCGCCUUUCACGACGACGACAGUCCGGCCGAUGCCGCCGGUGCGCCCUCUCCAGUCCGGUCGCUACAGCGGACCGACGCCGAGGAUCCUGCCGUCUUCUCUGAAGCAGCAGGUCCAGGCUCCGCACGUCAUCCGAGCCACGACUCCCUUGACGACGUCGGCCGCCCUUGCCGCCGACAGUCGCCCUUCUCAGCCUCGCUAUGUGGGCACUCCAAUAGUUUUUUCUAGUCUUAUAAGUGGUAUUUGUACAGAAGAAUAGUUCAUUGGUUUUGAAAUGUCCAUACUGCAUGGAAAUGUUUUAAAGGUUUAAUUUCCAAUAUGUUAAGUUGACGGGCUAGAAAUAAGCGUUAGUUUUGGUAAUGUGUAUCUUUUCAAAGUUUUAUACCAUAGAAUGAACGAUUAAUAAUUUUAACAGCUUUUGAUGAAUUUCUACGUUUUGAAAGAAUAUUAUUUUUCACAAUUUUUUAAAUUUCUUCUUAAUUAGAUCAUAGCUGUUUCAUGAAGUCCGUUUACCUCAGUCUGCAAGAAAUUUGUAGAUCGGAAAGUUUACUCAUCUCGUUUCAGACGUUCAUUCGUCCUUCUGCUGGAGUUGGAGUGCGGGAUCGGAUCCCGUCGACGUCGAAUUUCGUGUCUCCGCCGAGAGCUGCGGCUCGUCCUCCGAUUGUAGCGGAACGUCCUGAUAUCAAUCUCACUGUCAGUUAUUCUUUUUUUUUUUCUUAAAGGGAUAUUGAUAGACACACUCGCUUCAAAUUUAUUUUAUUUUCAUUUUUUAUGUUUUAAGUUAAAUAGAGACUUAAUGAACAUCAUAAUGACUUACUCUUUGGAAGAAAGUCUGUAGCCCAUUCCGCUUCAACGUGUCACGAAUUUUUGUCUUCUCAUUUACAGGAAUCAUUGCUUCAAAACUCGCUGCUCUUUUUAUUUUUUUAUACGCGCCUUUAAUAUAACGGAAGUUUUUAAGCUGAAUUAAAAGCGCAGAGGCCGCACGUGUUUCAGAUAAGAGUUCUGUAGUUCGGAGGAAAAUAUCAUGAAAGCUUGGCGCGAAAAGUAUCCGCUUUGAACUUGGAAAGAAGGUGUAAUCAAUAUUUUUCUAUCAUUCUUCAAAAAACUUACUGCAAAGUUAUAAAUGUAUUACUUAUCAUUGAAAGAACUUUCAGGAAAUGGGCGCAGUGUCUCCGGCGUCAACCAACAAAUCGGAGAGCAUUUCUGUCACCGCUGAUGUUCGAUCGACCGUUUUUUAAAGAUUUAACCUAUGAGGGUUCAGGAAGAAGAGUUGGUGGAAGACCGCAAAACUCCGCCGCCACAGAGUCAGUUCCCGCGAUCGCGGCCGCCCCAGAACAUUGUUCGUGGCGUCACGGGCCCCAGUCGCACCUUCUCCGCGAUUCUCCACAGGUAAAAAUGAUCCUUCCCGAGAUUUUCAGCAAAGAAUUUGUGUUCCAGAACUGCUCAUCCGAGGCCUCCACAAGUUAUUCGAGCCCCCGGCAGUCGCGUAACGGAUCUCGCCCCGACUCUCCAAAUCCAGAAGACUAUGCCCCAUUCGAGCGGUUUCUUUACAUAAAGUAUAAUCAAGGAUCGGAAAAGUUGCAGAGCUUCCCAUGAACGUUCUGGAGACUCCACCGAAGAAAGUUGCCGAAACGACGUCGUCUUCUGCACCUCCGAAGGUACUUCUUAAGUUUAAGAGAGAAAAAAUUGAGGAUUUUUCGGAUAAAUCUAGUUUUAGUGAUUCGUGCAGAUAUGAUUCUUGUAAAGUUUUGUGUAAUACUUGAAGGAGAUUUUUGGAAAAUAUAGUUUUUGUACUCAAUUUUGUUCUGAAUCUAACUUGAUUUUUUUCCAAAAUCUUUUUAUCGUUUUUCAAAAUUUUCCAGUGAUCUCAACAUGUUUUAAAGAAGUUGUCUGAUUAAGAAACAGAUGGUAAUAUCGAGAAAUCGAUGAUCGAAACUUAAAUGUUUGCAAUAGCCUCUGAUGCAUAUAGCUUUCAAAAUUGAUGAAAACUGCUUUUUUGGUUCCUUUCCCUUUUAACUAAAAAUAGAGGUUUGAAGCGAUUUUAUGAAAGCUUUUUACAAGCUUGUCUUGAUGAAAUGUUGAGGAUCAUGUUUCUAUCUUUCUAUAUAAUUUAUCAUAUUUUUUUCGCUUUUAGGAUCCUGCAGAAGCCCAUGUGCAGCAGCCGGCUGAAACUCCGAAAAUCAUCAGCCGAGUGUCGAUAAACGUCUCUGGAACGUCGUUGCCGCAGCCGCCGCAUCGUCUCAUGAACCGGAUCGGAUCGCCUUCCGUGCUGCCUCAACGGCUGUCGAGGCCUCCGCCGAAAAGAGCUGGAUCGACAUUGCCGACGCAGUCUCUGAAGAUCCUCCCCAAGGACAUGCCACAGCUCGCCGCCGAAGUUCCUCCCCCCGAACUUGCGCCUGCCCAGAAGGACGAGGAACCGCAGAAACCUGCUGAUCCUGAGGAAGACGUCGACAGGAAAAGCUCCCUCCGAACACGUAUGUCGGAUCCAACUUUGGUUAAACCUCAACCGAAAGCCCCGCCGACGCCUCGCAAGACGAAGGAAGUCCCGGCAACGCCUCCGACCAGCGCGAGGACUCCCCGAGCUGCUGCCGUCGCCGCCAACCAGGCCAUCAACACGAAGAAGUCUCCAGCUGUCGUCACUCCGAAGGCUCAGACAUCGAAAUCAGAAAAGCCUCCUGCGGAAAAUUUGGAGGUACUUUUACGGAUUCAUCAUAUACCCAUCUUUUCUGCGGAAGGAAUCAAAAAAACUUUCAAUUAUUUGAAUUUUGCUCCUUUUUUUUUGAAUCUUGAACUGUUUCGAUUUUGAAAAGCCUCAUUUUUCUGUAAUUUCACAACAAACCUCAUAAAACGUCAGUUUUUUAGUAGUUUUAUUGUUUUAAUCAGUUUGAAAUAACGCUCAUAGAUAUUCUUCAAGUUUUUAUCGAAUCGAUUCCUUCUUGCUUAAGUUAUUAAUUACGUAGAAGAAGUUAUUUUUAAUUUUUUUCCAACAUUUCGAAAACAAAUAUUGAAAGUUUUUUUCGUUUCAAAACUCAAUAUUUUUCAUUUUUUUAGAUGAACACUUCGAGUUCGGAGUCCAUGGACCCUCUGAGCAUGUUGGCCGCCGUUUCUCUUGCCGACCGGGAUCGAUCUUCCAAAUCAGAGGGUUUCACUGUCCCUCAUUCUUCUUUUAAAGUGCAAUUUUCCAGAAAGGAAAGAAGAACAAUCAUCCUCCAAGCCGACGUCAACUGCUGACGCCUCGCAACACACUGACUCUGAAGAUUACGAUGAGGAACUCUGA